CCGAGAGCUCGUCCAAUGGAGUCCUCAACCUCCGCAUCCUGUACGACCUUGGUUAGUCGCACGAGCAGCCAUAGGACGGCUGAUUGCAAUCAAUCGGGCUCGGAUAGUGCCGCGGCUAACGGAGCCGCUUGCCUGGACGAUUGCGACGGUUCCCAACAGUUGCUGCAGGCAUUCGGCCGGAAGCGACCUGUCGAGAUCAACACAUGUAAGGAUGACAACGAGGAAGCAACUGCAAGUGGGUGCACAACAACACUUGCAUCCUCUAGCAAAGAUCACGAAACCUGCUACGAGCCUAGUAGUAGAAGUACAACAGCUGGACCUGGAGUUCUUGUUUGCAUCUCGUCCUCGAGCACUCCUGCGGGCACGACCCAGCAAACCCCUGCAGGAGCUGCUGACGAAGUUACAAUUUUAAACGGUGAAACAUUUGGUACUAAAUGUGAAUCGUCCCAUCCGCAGACAUCGUCACCAGUCUUCUGUUUUGCGCCCGAAUCUCCCGCAAGGAGCUCCGACGAGGAGGACUUUACGAGGCACUUUAUUGUUGACAUCGAUUACAACAGCAAUUACACAGCUUCAAGUCGUUUCUGUCAAAAGUCACCGAAGAGGCUUGGCGCUUCGCCUACAGCGACGAAGAGGCGCGCUCACGAGUUGAACGUCACCCCUUCACCAGCCAUCAACAUCGAGCCAAAAGUCGGAAAAGUCGCCCAAGAUACGAAGACAGACGAAAAGAUAACAACCAUCAGCAGUAAGAGCAGUUUGACCAGAAGUAAAACGUCCACAGUUUUGCAACCUGCUAAGAGAAAGAGCGGUAUCGGUAUGACUGACACCUCGCCUGAAAUGGGAGAGUCGCGGCCGCGUAGGAUUUCUCAUGGUGGACGAACUUUCGGAACGAAGACCCUGACGUCCCUCUCUGAGAAAAACUCUAGCACUGGGAAGCUGUCCCGAACAAGUAGUUUACGGGAUCAAGACCUGUCGAGCAUGCGCAAGUCAUUUCACGAUAGCGGGGAUGCGACAGCACCGGGAACAGCGACCGCUAAGCGACGGAACAGCGUGGGUAGCAUAAUCAAUCCUAAAACUAGUAAGUCUAUGCCUACGGGUACGGGAACAUCUUCUGGAACUACUCAUGCAGGUGUAGCACCGACGAGCAGCACGAAAAGUGGAGCGGACAAAAGUAAAGCGACAUCGCUUCCACCUGUUGAUUCGGCGGCAUCGUCUUCUAGCUCGUCUACAUCCGGUGACAUUGGCACGCCAACGACUAUUUCCGCUGCCUCAUCGUCCUCUUCUAUCGCAGGUCUGUCUCGAGGAGGAAGCAGCAACACUUCGGCAUCCACGAUACCUGCCGGCGCAACAGCGGGCUCCACAUUAGUGCUACCUUCGGCUACAUCUUCCGGUGCAGUGGCUGUUGCCACUAACAGUAUCAUCAAAAAUAUAAAGGCAUCGAGCUUCGUUCCCUUGACAACGGCAACACCCACCUAUAACCUCACCAGGCCUCAAAAAGUACUCGAGCCACUCGGAGCUGCACU